UGACCUCCCCUUGGUGUAGGGAUGCCCUGGAGCCCCUGGUGUCAUUGUCCACCAAACCCUAAUAGGUCUGGCCUUACUCUCAGUCGCCAAGUGGUAAGGUAUGCCAUCCUCCCCUUUGGGACCAGCUUUGACCUGCACUGAUAGUCAACAAAUGUAGUCCUCACCCAGGAACAAUCUUCUCAGGUUGUUGUGUCAUCUGAGUGAGCCAAGGACCAGAGGAGCGAGAGCACAAGUACCACACUUCGCAACAAUGUCAGUGGAAGUGGAGACCUCAGAGGGCGUAGACGAGUCAGAGAAAAAGAACUCUGGGAUCUCAGAAAAGGAAAACCACACCAGAAUGGCUGACCUCUCCGAGCUCCUGAAGGAAGGGACCAAGGAAGCACAUGACCAGGCAGAAAACACCCAGUUUGUCAAGGACUUCUUGAAGGGCAACAUUAAGAAGGAGCUAUUUAAGCUGGCCACCACCGCACUGUACUUCACGUAUUCGGCCCUCGAGGAGGAAAUGGACCGAAACAAGGACCACCCAGGCUUUGCCCCCUUGUACUUCCCCGUGGAGCUGCACCGGAAGGAGGCGCUGACCAAGGACAUGGAGUAUUUCUUUGGUGACAACUGGGAGGAGCGCACGCGGUGCUCUGAGGCCACCCAAAAGUACGUGGAGCGGAUCCACUACAUAGGGCAUCACGAGCCAGAGCUGCUGGUGGCCCAUGCAUACACGCGCUACAUGGGGGACCUCUCAGGGGGCCAGGUGCUGAAGAAGGUGGCUCAGCGAGCACUGAAACUCCCCAGCACUGGGGAAGGGACCCAGUUCUACCUGUUUGAAAAUGUGGACAAUGCCCAGCAGUUCAAGCAGUUUUACCGGGCCAGGAUGAAUGCCCUGGACCUCAACUUGAAGACCAAAGAGAGGAUCGUGGAAGAGGCCAACAAGGCCUUCCAGUAUAACAUACAGAUAUUCAACGAACUGGACCAGGCUGGCUCUGCGCUCGCCAGAAAGACCAUGGAGGAUGGGCUCCCCGUGCACGAUGGGAAAGGAGACGUGGGGAAGUGCCCCUACUACGCUGCUCAACAAGACAAAGGUGCCCUGGAGGGCAGCAGGUGCCCUGUCCGGACAGCCAUGGCUAUGCUGAGGAAGCCCAGCCUCCAGUUCCUUCUGGCUGCCAGUGUGGCCCUGGCUGCUGGACUCUUGGCCUGGUACUACAUGUGAAGGACCCAUGACGCCGUGCUGGCACCCUCCUCCCAAGUGACUACUGGUCCACCACCAUCUCCACCCCUGACUAAACUACCACCUCAGGUGACUUUUUUAAAUUGCUGGGAUUGAGACAGGCAAUGAAUAAAAGCCAGACGCUAGAGCUUCUGCCUGACGGCGUCCUCUCGAUGGGCCAGAUGCUCACUGGGCACAGGCUGUCGCCCAGGGAGCAGCUAGUGCAGCGUGGCAGGGUGGGCCUGGGCUUCUAGACCAGCCCUCCCCUGGGCACCCACAUGUCUGAGUCCCAGGCUCAUGCCCUCCUUCCUCUGUUCUGUAGAACAGGGGCAGCCAGCUUCCCCUGCAGGAGCGAGUGGCCAGUGAGCCCAGCUGCAGCUGUGGGAGGGCCCUUUCCAGAUGCUGCUGCUCAACUUCUGGUCCUCUCUAGGGACUGGGGUGGGCAGAAGCCAGGUGCUCCCCUGCCUCAGAGGCCCCGAGAGCUCACCCUCUCCCCCAGAAGCCCAAGAGGCCUGCUCUGCUCAGCCCUGGCUUGUCUCUGACCUGUGUAAAUGCUACAACAUUCAAUAAAAUGGACUCCGCAA